AUGGACAGGCUGAACGUCAAGCUCUACAUGCAGAACUGCUACAUCCUCCAGGAGAACGAGCGCCUGCGCAAGAAGGCGCAGCUGCUCAACCAGGAGAACCAGACGCUGCUCACCGAGCUCAAGCAGCGGCUCGCCAGGACCGCCGCGGCGACCAAGGCCGCUGGCAAUGCUGCUGGUGGUGGGCGUACGCCCCUCCCCGACCUCAACGCGGCUCCACCGGCGCAUGCCGUCCAUGAGAAGGCGGCUCCCAAGUCCCACAAGGCGGCCGCAAACUAG